AUGACGAAGCCCGCCUUGCCACUGACGCUGCCGGAACAAAACACCGAGGGAAACCAAGCUGCGAUGCUCCGUGCGAUCAUGGCGGGGCUCGAGAACGGGUUCCGAGGCAACGGACUUCUCGAGUGGCUUGAAACGUACGAGGGCGAUUUUUCGGUCGCCGCUGCACCCCACGCAAGUGCCACCAUUACCAAGCUUCGCAAUGCUCGCGACUGUUUUCAGCAGGCUACAAACAGUGCUUGCGGGUGGUGCACACUCAUGAAGGCUUAUAUCCCGGCCUACUUGGCCGCGCUAGAGGCACCGGAUGCUACUGCGCGCAACUGCCUCAUGCAGGCGCUUGUUGAUGGGGAUGCCGUUCUCGUCACGGCGAUCUCAAAGCUUAGUGAGUGCUCCACGUGGCUCACGGAUGCGCUUGGCUCCUUGACGGCGCUCCGCGCCCAGCUUCGGUACGACUUUGAAGAAGAUACCGCUGCCCGACGCCAGUACGUCGAAUCAAUUGCCGAGAAUGUGCGCAGCUACACUGCCCCCGGUGGUGCAGCCGUCUCCGGUCUCGUCGUGACGGCCACCGCGUGCUUCUUUGUUGGCCCCUUUGGCCUUGCUGUUUUGAUUCCUUCCGGCUUCGUGGGCGGCAAGGCCGGCGGUGCCAUGUCGGAUGCUGUGAUCUACAAAGUGUACGGUCCUGAACUUGAUGCGCAGCUGGCGACAGUGCAGACCAAAUUCGCUACGCUCCAAGCCCAUGUGACCGAGACGUCGACGGGCAUUGAGACCGCCCUCCAUGCGCUCCGGGGCGAGGCCGAGGCCGUCACGCUGCUCCAAGCCAAACGCACCGUGAGCGCGACGUUUAUGGGCUUCGGCAACAUGCCAUUGCGCAACGUUGCGCCGGAAGCCAACGCCCUCUUGGCCACUUGUACAACAUACCUCGUCGACCAUCCGUCGCUCACCGACUCUGUCGAGGCGUAG